GCCCUCCCUCCCGGCCGACACACACAAGAUGGCGGCGGCGGCGGCGGCCAGGGCCGGCGGGCCGCUGUGACAGCGUUCGGGCUCCCCGCCGCCAUGUUGGUGAGGGCGGGAGCGGCGGCGGCGGCAACGGCGACUCCGCGCGCCUUGCGGCGGUCGUGGCGGGGCGCGGGGAGCGGCGCGGGGAGCGGGCCGGCCGCCUGCUUCGCGCUGGGCCGGGCGCUGCUGGGCGUGCGGGGCGCCGACGCCGCCCCUCUGCUGCAGGGGCUCCUGACCAACGACGUCACGCGGCUGCUGGCGGCGGAGUUGCCGCGCGCGCUGUACGCGCAUGCGCUCAACGUGCAGGGCCGCUGCCUGUGCGACCUCAUCCUGUACAGGCUUCACGAGAGUCCAGAAGAAGAGCCACACAUCCUGCUGGAGUGUGACAGCGGCAUGCUGGACACUGUACAAAAACAUCUGAAACUGUACAAGAUCCGGAGGAAAGUAAACAUCACCCCUUGCCUUGACCUCUCUUUGUGGGCUGUCAUCCCUGGGGAGAGGACUGGAGACAUUGCCAGUUCCCUCCCUCAGUGUCCAGACCAGGCUCUGAUUUUAACACCUGACCCCAGAACAGAAGUGAUGGGCUGGAGACUGAUUGCAAAGAAAGGAGCAAAUCCAUCAGAAGUUAUCCCGGGGAGUCAUAUUGGAAAUAUUCAGGAUUACCACAGGCACAGGUACAAACAAGGAAUUCCUGAAGGUGUGAAAGAUCUCCCUCCUGGAGUAGCCCUCCCACUGGAAUCCAACCUGGCCUACAUGAAUGGCAUCAGCUUUACCAAAGGCUGUUACAUUGGACAGGAGCUGACAGCCAGGACCCACCACACAGGCGUCAUUCGCAAACGCCUACUGCCGGUCCGCUUCGCAGCCCCUCUUCCCAAGGACAGCAUCCCUGAGGGUGCUGAGAUCUGCACUGAGUUGGGAAAGUCAGCUGGCAGGUUCCGGGCUGGGGGAGGUGAGCUCGGUAUAGCGUUGCUGAGGUUAGCUAAUAUCAAUGAACCUCUCUGCCUAAAGAUCGCGGGGGAUAAAGUGAAGCUCACUGCAAGUAUACCCGAGUGGUGGCCAAAAACUGCUGGUAAAUAAAGGAGGGAUCACCACUCUCACAUUUGCCUUAUUGAGAAGGGUGUUUUGUGUGAUACAUUUGGGGAGGUGUCUCUGCCUUCAGCUGUUGUCUGUGGUGUUUGACGGGCGUCAGAGGAUUCCUCAAAGCAGGGCGAAACAGCAGCAACCCAAACCGGCGGUGGGCCACUGAACUGAGGACAGGAUGAUCAUCAGUUAAGUGUUGUGGAGAGACCUGUGCAGGGUACACAGGGAAAUGCAGCUUUUUUUUUGAGAGUUCCCUGUAUUUAAGGGGUUGCCACGUGUCUUUAUGUUGGACUGCUGCUAGCUUUUCAGUCCACCACUCGCCCAGAGCUGUGUUGGGUGCAGGAGGUGUUCGGGCUGAAGCGAGUGAAGGGAGCAGCAGUUUCCCUGUUGUAUGCACUGAAUGUUUCUGUUCACAGUGACCAUUCUGUGGUAUUAUCAUGUGGGGUUUUUCAGUGGAGAGCAUGCUGCUCUCAUCUUAUGUAAGAUAAAUACUCAGGCUAAAGUGUUCACUGCAAAUUACUCCUUGCAUUGAGCUGCUGCUUAAACUUAUUGAUUGGGUGGCUGUUUUUCCCACCUCUGUAACUGCCAAUGGUGAGGAAUACCUUGUACUUGGCAUUUCAGACCUUGAUUUUAAUAAGUCAUCCUGGUGGGAAAGCUCUCAAACAAUGUUCCCUUGCUUCAGCACCUGCAGAGGGAGCACAGCCAGCAGCAGCCAGCUCCUCUGCUGCUCCUCACCUCGGUCACAAACACUUCCCUCACUCAAACAACCGUUUCAGAGAGGAGAGUGGUAUUUUGCAGGAGGAAUGUGCACUGGUGCGUGCCCUGGGGUGACUAUUGUAUUGUUGUGCUGUUGCUUGGCAGAAUAAUCUCUUGGAGAACGUGCCCUCCAGUUGCCAACAACAAUUGAGGAGUGCAUUUUUUUUUUGGCAUCAACAUUUUUGCUCUGUCAUCUUGUACAAAAAAAAUCCUCCUUGCUUCCCUGAAGCCGUUGCAAGGGCUUACCUCAGUUCCUCCACAAAGCUGCUGAAGGGACAGCCUGUCCCCGUCCCUGACCUUUGCUCCUUUCCUCAGCCUUCAGACAGUCCCUGAAGAAGUGGUUGAUGUCACAUGUGCUCUUGGCUUAGGCUGGUGUUCCCGAGGGAGGAUUUUCAACACACUCCUUUCUCUGGCUGCUUCACCACCACAGUUGUUAGAGGAGAGUUCUCUGUACCCUUCGUACAAAAAUCUCUCCCUGCUGCCAUCCUCAGAUAAGGUUUUCUCCAUCCAUCCACUGUCCCCUGUGGGUUUUCAGAGCAGUCCAGUACUUCAGGGGUGUCUUUGCUGCUUUUUUUAUGGCUCCUGAUGCUCUUUGCACUUUUCCUUGCUUCUGCAGUCAAUGUAUUCCUCUGCCCUCCUCAAACCAACCAUCUCUGUGCCUGUUUAACCCUGCUGACCUGCCAUCAUUUAUAGGAGCCCUGUGUAUUUUUGUAUUGCAGUAAAUCCAUUGCACUACUGCUUUUGGAACAGUGCAUGUGUGAAGGGGCUCGAUGAGAGAUGAGCGGGUGAAAUCCCAUGCUGACCAAAAAAACCCCCUCUUGCAUGCAUAUCCAGACAUCCAAAGCACAUUCUGCCACUGUCUCAGUGUCACUGUGAAAGGAAUUUACCUGUGAAAAAUGCUCAUAUUGAUUAAAAACCUUUAUGCUUGCUGUAAAAAUAGUUUGUGGAAUAUCUUAUUAAAAGGUUGUUGUAUCAGUAAUCUAAA